AUGUACGCGAGAUACUCUCGCGGCGAUCCCGAGUCACCGUGGCGGCCGAAGCAACACAGAGCCGCGACAUCUGGAUUGGUCGAGCCGGCGGUAAUACGAAAAGGGGAUGGACAGUCAUUAUACGUACCGUCGGUCAAGCUGUCGCCCGAGGCGUCAAAUUCGCCCACUGUUCAUAAAAUUCACAUCCUCGGCGAGGACGCGCGAUCAAAGUUUAUCGCACAUGCACUCUCUGGCGUCUACGCUUCGGUUGAGCGACUCGCGUGGACACGCCCCUCGAACAAAUAUCGAUAUCUUCAGCGGUUCGACAAGGACGGCACGGCCACUUUUGAGCCGCUCAGCGUCGGGCGGCAAAACCUCGCCAGCAGGGAGGAUACACACAUUGAUGAGCUGGUCGUGUCGAGCGAAUCCGCCCAGGGCGCCCUCGAGGCCCUAGACGCAGUCAAGCAUCGGGUGGAUAAAGACACAACAGUCUGUCUCAUGACGGAGGGCCUUGGCGUCCUGGACGACGUUCGGCAAAAAAUAUUCGCCGUACCAGAAAAGGAGCCGACAUUCUUGCUGGGCAGCAUGAGCUCCAAAUUCGUCUUCAACAGAAACUUUGACUCGGUUCGACAACUACGCCACGGUGUCUGGAACAUCACCUCGGUGCAGCGAAGCGCCGUCAUGUCAACGACGGAGCAGCCCAAGAUCGAGACGCAGACCAACUUUGUCAGAUCGCUGCAGGCGGCCAAGCUCCUCCACACCGAAUACACGCCCUUUGACAGCUGGUUCCGCUACAAGCUACCGGGCGUCAUCUUCGACUCGGCCGUCGAGCCCGUGUGCCUGCUCCUCGACGUGCCGUACGCGGGCCUGCUGCAAAACGCAAGCGCGCGCAAGCUCAUCAGCAGCCUGCUCGAGGAGAUAGUCUCGGUGCUGCGGCUCAUGCCCGAGGUUGGGCGCGGCGAGACGCUGCACGAGCUGCUCGACGUGGACCGCGCGAAAAAGGCACUGUACCGCCGCAUCCUGCACCACCGCAGCCGCGAGAGCAGGCUGGUGCGCGACAUUCGCCUGGGCCACCCCGUCAACGUGGACUACCUGAAUGGGUACUUUUUACGCCGCGCGCACGCGCUGGGCGUCAAGGUGCCGACCAACAAGAUGAUGUGGGAUCUGGUAAAGGCCAAGAAUGCGAUCCAGGCCCAGGAGCGCGAGUCAUAUAUCCGCAUUGAGGAGACGUCGGUGACGCCAGAGAUGGAGGAUCAACAUACAUCGACGUCUAGCUACUAG